GCGUAGCAGCACGCGCGUGUGUAGUUCCGCCUAGAGGGCCGUGACAUUUUUCGGAAAAGUUCAGAGUUAGUUCAGAGUUAGUUAGUGUUCGAUGAGUUGAGAGCUUCUUUGACUUUGUGGGGCUCGAUUCGGAUCUUGGUGUUACGUGUACUCCUUAGAGAAUUCCUGAAGUUGAUUGAUGGGGAAAUUAUUCCUACAAGAAGAGGUCGUGUGCCGGGUGCAUCCUCCAGUAUCGCUAUUAACAUAAUUGAGUGGUUCACGGAGCGCCGAUUGCUCUCGAAGAAGAGACGACACGUUUGUGAUUUUGGAAAAUCGGGGCGCCCGAAUAUUUGGGACCGGUGAAAAUAUCGACUACAAUUUGUUAUGUAAAUCAGACGGUUCUCGCAAAAGCGGCAUGGUUUAAGUUUCGCGGAGAGUAGUAGUAAUACCUCACCAGAGUGUCAGGUCUCGAAGUUGGAUGAGAGAUCACACUUUUACUUGCUCGACGGUCGACAGACAGGCCACAGCAAAACCAAGGCAAAGCAUGUCUCAUUAAAAACCGAUUGGAUAUUUUGAGAAAUUAGUGUCGUGAACGGCUUAUUUUUGUGUGUUUUAUUUUACUCAUUCGGUGGCGAGACGUCUUGUUCGAAGCCAGCCUCACGUGAAGAUUGACCAGUUGAAGAGGAAGAAAAAAAAAGUUACGGUUGUUUUAAUUAUUCCCUUUUGGUGUCGCGAACUUGGUCACACGCCAGCCCUCGCCAAAAUUUCUUCCAAGAGCUUCCACGAAAAUCUUUGAAUCCGUAAGGCUGAACGAGAGAAAUUCUUGUAAUUAGUGAGACUCGCAGUGUCAAUUAUAAGGAGCAAGGAAGAUUUGUCGUUAGCUCCUUCCCGAUCGCAGUAGCCACUUUUUUUCCUGUAAGCGCGUGGGCUGAAAGUCAAAAUAUUAUCAGUUCACUUACCGGCUGCGUCGCCACUGUUUUUUUUUUAUGCUCUCGUUCAGGGCAAUCGGGGAAGGUGACAAGAGAAAUCCGAACAAUGUCCCGCUCAUUAUCAGAUGGAAAUUAAAACGCCGGGAAGGAAAAACAAACGCAAGUGCACGCACUAACACAGCAAAACACACGCUCAACCGGGAGCAAGAAGAAUCGACUGCUCUUUUGCGUCUCGAGUGAAAUCGCACCAGCAACACCAGGAAAAAAAUGUUAUCAGUGAAUCCAUAAAUAGAGAAUUUUGCAAAAAAAAGUGCGCAAAAUUGCGAAUUUUUCCCUCACAUCAGCAGUGUGUCUAAGUUUCGGUAUCUAACUUGAAAAAAAAAACCACGAAAAGUAAAAGAAAAACAACCGCAAACCGUGGUUUCGACUUCUGUUUUGGUGGCGCGUGACAUCAAACGCGCAAUUGUUUGCGUUUCCCGAACUUUGGUGUGAAUUAGAAAAAAAAAGUCCGACUUCGCCGGCGUUUUUCCAUCGCUCCCUCUUUCUCGAACCGUCUCCCACGAAUAAAGAACAAGUUCUGUGGUAAUUCUGCGACAACAUUGUUGCGAACGCGAAAACUACGGCGCCUGCUCGGUGUUCUUAUCAGCGAGCCGAUUAGAAGGAGUUGAAGAAGAAGAGCAGCAACUGUGACAACUGCAGUGUAUUGGCAACAAGGGGACAGAACAAGAAGAGCAAGCGUGGAACGUUUGCAGCGGAGCGAAAAAUUGACAAACGUCGAUCGCGUUAAAGGGUGAAUGAGAACAUAUGCUCAGAAGGCGAAAGCUUGAUUGGAGCGAAGAAAUGCAACGAGGACUGAAGAUCGAAUGUCAUCGUUAUAAAUGCAACAAGUUCAACUAGCUUGUAGUCAUCCAAGUUCUCACAAGUGAUUUUUUUUUUCAAAACCGGGGCAAUCACCAUCUAAUCCUCUCCGCCAUUGGCAAGCUAAAUAUGUACGCGAAGAAAAUUCACCAACAGAGAAUUCAUACCGACCUCGACGACGGAUCCUGAGAGAAUCAAAAGUAAAACGAUUCAAAAGUUCAAGUGUGGGAGGCCGACAAUUUUCUCCGAUUAUUCAAGUGCCAUCGGAAAGCUUCGCAAAACGGCCCCGAAUCCUGCAGGAAGAUUAAGCCAUGGGCGGCCAAAGACGUGGAACGUUCCUAUCCCUGUACCGCAAGCGUGAAAACCAAAUCCAUCUGGAUCAUCCAGUCAUGAUAACCUGAGCUGCGCUAGGAAAAUAAGUUAAAGUGAAUUGGGAAAGUCAGUUGAUACUAGUAGAAGUGAUUUUUUUCCCACGGUUUUCAUCCGUGGAAGUGUUUUGGGGUUGUUUUCGGGUGUUCAUAAUAGUGGGAAUAGUCAGUUUGAAAAGUGGAGUUACGUUCCGUGGGUGGGCAGCCGCCGAGAGCUGUCCAUGCUCAGCGGUAGACUUCGACGGAGGGCCCUGGCCCUGCUGGGAGCCCUCCUGCUAGUGAUCUUCUUGUGGCCUCCGUGUUGUGCUACGAUGCCCAAACCUCUGCCGGCAGUGCUGCCGAAUAUUCCGCCGCCAGUGGUCGUCGAUCGAUCAUCCGAAUUGGCAGCCAUUGUGGUGUCUGCUAAUCCGGUGCAACCAUCAUCAUCAUCUGCCAGCAAUAAAAGUCGCAAAAUGAGCGACCUCAACCGUUUCAUGAACAUUCUAGUUGGGGGUAGAGCUCCGAGUGAUGGUGAAGGCUACGGAGAAAGUGGAAAACACUCAGUUAAAAAUGCGGCGAACGAUGAUCGAAACCGAGCGCUAAAAUUAAACCGGCCUGAAAAUAGUGGCGACGCUGUCAACGCAUUGCCUCAUUCGGCGGAAGAACCAAUCGAUAAAAAUAAAUCAACCAUGCAAGUUGUCGCCGUUGACCGGCCGGCAGCUCAGCCGUUGUUAGAUAAUUCUGCUGCCCGGCUUACACGUUAUCAACAACAACCGAUGAUAACAAAUAGUCCAACCAUUUUCAGCAUUCUCUCCCAAAGAGUGGCUGCUGCUUCUUCACCACAGACUUCCUCUAUCAUCGCUCAUUCAGAGAAACCAUCGGCAGCUUCCAUCGUGGACCCAACAAACCGGGUCAAUGACCGCGAUGUCAACCGAAAUGUCGUCAAUCAAUCAGUAUUCUUCAAUCCCCUUCAGGCGACACCUUCUCCGUCGUCUUCAUCCUCAACGUUGCCGUCGUCCAGCGAUGACCCCCAUCCCAGCCCUCAUCGGAGGAGAGUCAGAUCAGCUCCCCAUCACGAUUUGCCCCAACAUCACCACCGGCAUCAACACCACCUUCCGAUGACCGGAGAAGGAACCCUAUGGGCUGGGAGGGGUCGAGGACGAUUGCUGCACCAACAACAGAAACACCUACAACACCAGCUAAGCAGCAGCCACAACAGUCAUCACCAACAGCAGCAGCUACGAAACACCACAGUAGGUGGCAGUAGCAACAACAACAACGAUUCGUCCAAUUUAGAACGCAACGAACGAUCGGCUAAUCUGUCGCACAUCACCGGUGCGAAUCGGAAAAUUCAGCUGUACAUCAAGAAUCGGUACCUGCAGCUGCUGGCCGAUGGGACCGUCAACGGAACCUACGACGAUCAGAGCGAUUACACAAUCCUCCAGCGGACGACGGUGGCCGCCGGACAGAUUCGGAUCCAGGGGGUGGCGACCUGUUUAUUUCUCUGCAUGGACACCUGCGGUAGCGUCUACGGAUCGAAAACAUUCACGGACGACUGCGUCUUCAACGAGCAGAUGGAACAGCACCACUACAAUACCUACAGCUCUACGCGGCACUCCAACAACCGACGCACGCUAUACUUAGCCCUCAACAAAACGGGUCAACCUCGGAAAAUUCAAAUCCCCGUCAACCGAACGCUCGGCAAGCUGGCCACCUAUACCAAAGCACUGACCCAAACGGUGGCCCACGAUCGGGUGGAACAGGUCGUAUCGCGGCUCUUCGGUGCCGACCACGUGCGGCACGGAUUGAAGCAACUGUGUGAGGCUGGACGAGCGCUGCAGGAAUUGACGGACCCGGAACUGAAACCGCGGCCUGCUUGUGGGGCUUCACCGGGCAAAAAUGUGGCGUUGAUGGGGGGUACGGGCGUAGGGUCUACUGGUUCAGCAGCUGUUGUCCCUGGAGGUGUAAAUAAGGAUAAGGACAACAAGGAAACGCUGCGAAAGAAGAAAAAGAAGCGACGAAAAUGCCGGGAAGAUGAACCGGCCGGGGAGCACUGUUUCAGGCCUUCUGGGGGUAGUAGCGGUAGUAGUUUAGGUACAAAUAGUGGUAGCAGCAGUAGUAGUGUAGGUAACGGUACUAGUAUUAGCAGAAAGAGGCCCGUAGGGUCGGCUAAAAGUCAACGGUGCAGUCUGGAGGAGAACGAUUGUUCCGUUAGUGUAAGUAGUAGUGGCAGCAAUAGUAGUGGAGUCAGUCCAACCAGUGCAAAUAGUAUAAGUAUUAGUAGCAAUAGUAGUAGUGGUAGUAGUAGACAGGCAACGGUACCAGUGAACUUACCAAAUGCAACUUCGGCGGGGACGUCGGCAGGUUCAGCAGGGUCCAAGAAGAAGGCGACCAAAAAAGUAAACAAUAAGAAUACUCCUUCCAAUGUACAUAGUAAUAACGCUGGUAGCAAGAAACCCAAGAAGGGUCCUGGAGGCGGCGGUGGAGCUCAGAACGCCAAUAAGAAAACUAAACAGCUUCAAAGCAGCAGUAGUAGUGGCAGUAGUAUUAAUAGUAACGCAAGUAACGUCUCAGUGCCAUCAAAUUUGAAUCGGUUAGGUGCUAAUGGCGCCAGAGCCAAAUCUAAGUCAACGACUCCGAGGGUAACACCAACGACGACAACAACACCAGCACCGACAACUUUGUCAUCGACGACGCCAGCAAACCUGGAUGACACAUCGCAAGCGGACGAAGCCGAUCUGCUGAUGGAUGGAGACAUCCUGGACAUGGAUGAUCUGCAUCAGGUGUCUUCGGCUGAAAUCAUCGAGGAGGAUGAACUCGACGAAGCAGUUACCUCGGCACUGGAACUUACCCAAACGUCUGCUUGGCUCUGGGAGGACGAACCCACCAGAAGUAGUGCAUCUGCUAACAGUAGCGCCCUUAGUAACGCUUUCCCUGCUCGUAGCGCAGCCAUCGUCCGAAGUAACGCCAGUAACGUCGUAACCGAUCGCCACGACGCCAAUUGUUGUAGUGGAGGCUCACCAAUCGGUGCUGAACCGAGUCGGAUCCGACCAAAGCACGGAACACUCAUAACACUGCUAGGUUUGUUUAACGUUAGCAGCUCUUCCUGGAUGCUUUUAUUCGGUUCUGGUCUAGUUAGUACACUUUUUAACGUUCUGCGGUUACCAUAUCUAUGAUCACAGUUCUCGCACUUGGCAAUGCUCUGCAUGAAGGGUGUUUCAAGUGUGAGCUCUAGUACGAGAUGUAUCAAUAGACUGAUUAUGUUAGCAAUUUUUGGACAAUUAAGACAGAUAGAUAGGCUUUAGGUGACCAACACAGCUUAACGAUGUUCAAAAAGUACGGUAAAGAGCGAUGUUUGAGAUCCAUCACUCUCUGGAACGAUGACGGAACACUUUUUUAGCCGAACGGAAUUCUUUGGAAUUUAUUUCGUAAAAACUUAAAAAAAAACUAAUCAAACUCUGUAGAUCCGAAAAUGUCUGUGACGGCUCUGUAAAUCAUUAAACAGCUCGUUAUUCGAAUUCUUAAAGAUACUUUCAAGUUCCGAAAGAAGAUUGAGGAAAAUACAAAACUCAUGUAGAAUCCCCCUAUUUUAUUUACAUUCACGAGUCACGUAAGGCGUUUUCGUCACGUCACUUUUUCCACUUUUCCAGUUUGAGGUUAAUAAAUACACAUAAGGGUAUAGGCGAGCCCUUUCUCUAAGUAACCUUUAUUCAGCCAAAAUGGGACAUGAAAAGCACGUAAAAUAAGUCUUCCUACAAAUUAUUUCAAUUUUUUUCGUAUUUCACCAGAAUACAAACGGUUGAUUGGCAUCAUUGAACUUCAUCUAAAAAAGUUUCGUUUUCUCCGAAAGCAUCAGUGUUGUGUCCUAGAAAAGUUUGCGAAAGUUACUUUAUUUAACGAGUUGUUGUUGGUCAUCUAUAGAAAAUUUAAAAAAAUUGAAACUCUCAUUACAGCAACAUUAUAAACAUUGAUAAGGCUGGUUAGGAUUGUUUAAGAAGACUGGGUACAAACGGAGUGCACCAUCAGGAUGAAUCUUAUUUCAACAUCGAGUAAUUCCGCAAUUUUUUUAGUAAAUUUUCGAAAAUCAGAAAGCUUCUGUCAGGAUAUUUUAAAUCACUUAUUUCAAACCAAAUUUAAAAUACAACGUUGAUUAAAAGACCGCCCCUAAAUGAUAAACAAAAAGCAACUCUUUUGGGGGAAUUGGUAUCCAUAGGCCAGAAUUUCGGGCUUUUUAGACACUGAUAGACAUGAGUAUUCGAUAUCAGCUAACUUAAAGCACUUCUUUAAACUUAUAUUUACUAUAAUAGUUUUUGAAUAGAUGUUUACAUAUUUUUAAUGUGCAUAGAUUCUGUGAAAUGCUUUCUAUCUAAGAGCAAGAAAUUUUCUACACUCCAAUCUUCUUCCAUAACUUGUAGAGAAUAUAGAAAAAUAACGAAAAAUUCCACCGGAACACUUAAAAUAUCGAAUACUUAUGUCCACCAGUCAAUAGUUUUUGGAUGUGGUGUAAAUUUAACUUCUGAAAUAUGCUCACAGAAAAACGUGUGGUGUCGUUAACCCAAGCAACCAAAAGUCCCAUAAAACAGGUACAAACACGCUUACUCAGCCCCAUCAUUGAUAUGAAGUACGUUCUAUGCAGCUCAAAAUUUAAGUUCUUAUUGAUGCUUUCAAGUACCAAAACAAGUCUUAGUGAUCUUCUAUUCAGCUUCCAGCGCCCUCUUAAUUCAGUUUCCGAAAAAUCGCAAAAUGAGCAAAAAAAUCUGUCUCUAUCUCAACUGAACCGUUGGCUUCGGUUCAUAUCACCUUCACUUGAUUAUUUACUGUGUCCUGUACCGGUGCCGCCAUGAUGCCACGCGCCGGAUUUCAAACUCGACAAAUUGCUCAAUUGCUUCUUUCCUACAUUUCCUACAUAUAUCGCAUCAGAAUGGUCACUCAAGUACAAAAUUACUUAUUGAAAAAAACUUGCCCGGCUUGGGGAUCGAACCCCGAUCUUCCUGGUGAGAAUCAAACACGCUACCACGAGACCACGCCCAGAUGUUGUUCUAACUGAAACUAAAACUCGAAGAGGUGAUUUGAUUUUGAAAGCACAUCAAUGCACUUUUUAUGACUUAUCAAUACCCGUUUGAGCACUUUUGUGCCCUUUAUGUGACUUACCAAAUCCCGUAUUGAGCAUUUUUGUGCCCUUUAUGUGACUAAAGUCCCGUAUAACGUACGUAUAGAUCACUUUUGCAGCUUUCAAGUUCGUUAAUGAGUACAUAUAGUUCACUAAUGGGAAUUGGGCAAAACAAGUCACAUACAACGUACAUAUUAAUCACUUUUGCAACUUUCAAGUUCAUUAAUGAGUACAUAAAGUUCACUAAAGGGAAUUGGGCAGUUGAUUCUCUUUGUCAGCCAAUAUGUAACUUUCAAUGCUUUCAUUCAAGUAAAUACGUGACUUUUGAUUGCUUGGGAAAUUCUGAGAACAAAGAGGACAGUUCACAUCAGCAUUUUUUAGACAACAAUUUUUAUGGUAAGCAAGCACAGUUUUCACAACUGAACGAUCGUUUUCGAUGUAAAGCACUACAAUUUCAUCGCGUUCUUUUGGUUUGUCUCAAAUCACAGCUUAAAUAGCACUAAAUGACUUUUGUGUUUGUAUAUCGAAAUCAACUGAAAAAUGGCUAAAAUAUUCGAAUUUCAAAUCUGAUACAUCCUGAUGACGCUCCCUGUACCUUCUCUAGUUCAAGUGAAUAACAAAAAAAAAUUGACCAGUGUGACCAGUUUUGGGGACCUUCUGAACCACUUUUUUUAAAUUGAAAAAAAAUCUCAGGUGCUUCAAACUCUUCUCAGAAAUUUUUGGGGCAAAACUAUACUACGAUAGCAGAUACAAUUGUAAUGAUUUAAACGUACUUAUACAAUGAAAUAGUGUCCACUUCUAAAACUUACAACAUUUGUAAUCUCAUACAUCGCGAAGAGGACGAAACUGGCAACUAUUUGAAAAAAAAACAAUAACAAACAAACAAUAGAUCCGUUGGUUGGUGAACGGUUGAUUGAAAUUAUUACUUCCAUGACGAUAAUAUUAACCACGUUGUUAAACCUUUAGAAAUAGUUAGGAUGAGCAAAUUUCUAAUCCAUGUAAAAAGCAAACAAAAAGUCCUUUCCGCUGAAAGGAUUUCUGUAAAUAGUAAGUCUAGUGUUAUAGUUUUUAAAGAGAAAACAAAACGAGAAACAAAACUAAUGUCUCGCGCAAGCAAAGAAAAGUAUUUUUGAAUGUAAACACAUGCAACCAGGCAGCGCCUACUACUUAGUUUACUUAAUUUAUUUUCCUCCAUGCAUAGGCAGUCCUUAUCAUCACAUCACAUCUUAAUAUUACGGUUUGAUAAGAAACGGCACUUUUGAAAAAAAAAGAGACGAAUAAAAUUUAAACCAAUUAAAGCAAAGCAAAGAAAACAUCAACAUAUGUGGCUGUAGCUCAGGUUGCUCUUAUUUGCAAUAGUGAAAAAAAAAUUAAUCGUUUAGAGAAGUACUGAAGUAAACGACAUAAGCUUAUUGA